CAAACAUUGCAGUUCUUGCUGUCACAGAACUUUCCCAAAUGUUAAUCUAUAAUGGAUGAAGAAAAGGAGAGGAGAAGGGCUACCGUACACGAGGCCGCAGGGAAGGGCCACCAUGAAACUGUAUCAGCUUUACUGGCAGCUGGUACAGAUGUGAACACACAGGACGGGCAGGAAAGGACUCCCCUGCACCUGGCAGCCGAGAAUGGCCACCAUGAAACUGUAUCAGUUUUACUGGGAGCUGGUGCAAAUGUGAACAUACGGGACAGGGAGGGAAUGACUCCCCUGCACCUGGCAGCUAAGAAUGACCACCAUGAAACUGUAUCAGCUUUACUGGCAGCUGGUGCAAAUGUGAAUGUGCGGGAGAGACUGAAAUAG